AUGGUGUCCUCUAAGUUCACCACUCUCCUUCUCAUUUCCUUGCUCUUCAUCUCCUCAACCACACCAAUCCUUGGCUGUGACCAAUGUUCAAAACCCUCUCCAAAACACAAAAAACCCAUUACCCUCCCACCCAUUGUCAAACCACCCAUCAACCUCCUUCCGGUGACUAACCCACGAACCACCACCAAGCCUUGCCCACCGCCACCGGGGGCUCAGACAUGCCCAAUUGACACACUCAAACUUGGAGCUUGUGUGGAUCUUCUUGGUGGGUUGGUCAACAUUGUGCUCGGCGACCCGGUGACGAACCAGUGUUGCCCUGUGUUGCAAGGGCUGGUGGAGAUUGAGGCUGCAAUGUGUUUGUGUACUACUUUGAAGCUUAACGUUCUUAACCUUAAUAUUUUUGUUCCACUGGCUCUUCAACUUCUUGUCACUUGUGGGAAGACACCCCUCUUGGCUUCACUUGCUCUCUCUAGAUCUAAGUUAAGUACACUCACUUCUUCUCAAAACCCUAAUCUCAAAACCUAA